AGCUCCCCGGGGGACUGGGCUGCCCUGGACCUUGCUACUUCCUGCUCCUGGCACCCAGAGCCCGGAGACGAUGGAGCUGUGGAGGCAGCUGAGUCAGGCUGGACUGGUGCCCCCGGAACUGGGCCCACCCCCCCGGGCCCUGAGGGAGGUCUCCCCAGUGGAAAUCCCUGGCCAGACCCUCAAGACUGCAGGGGCAGACGCUGGAGGUGCCUGGGAUAGUCUGCUGUGGACCUGGGAGGAGCUGGGGAACCUUCGCCAAAUGGAUGUCCAGCUGCUGGGACAGCUGUGCCGCCUGGGGCUGGAGAUGGGGGCGCUGCGGGAGGAACUGGUCACCAUGUUGGACGAGGAGGAGGAGGAGGAGAGCGGCGAGGAAGAGGAAGAGGAUGAAGAGCCCCAGAGGAAGCAGGAGGAGGAACACCUGGAGGCCUGCCCAGCCCCACAGCUGCCUGACUUUGAGAUGACGAUCUGAGGCUCCGCCAGUGCAUUUAGGUUAACAUACAGAUGAGAUGCAAAUAUAUGCAGAGGGGAGGGGUGAGUCGCAGGUCAAAUCAGAUGCGGAAUCAAGUUUACUCCUUUGAGAAGCGCUUUCUCUGAAGAUCCCUGCAGUGAGAUUUAGGCAUUGGCCUGUGAGCUGUGGGUGUGUUUGCAGGUGACUUGAGGGUGUGUUUGCAGGUGAUGUGGGAGGUUGUGGAGAAGUUGCAGGUGCUUUUGCAGAUGAGCUUCAGGUAUGCAGCUGAGAUGGCAGCCUCUGCAGAUAUGAUGGAGAUGCAUACAGAUGCGAUUUCAGAUCAACGCCGUCCAGUAUGGCAGCCACCAGACACACGUGGUUAUUUAGCGCUUGAAACAUGGAGACUCCAAAUUGAGAUGUGCUGUGAGCAUAAAAUACACACCAAAUAUUAAAGGCUUAGCAUUAUGAAAAGAACAUAAGACAUCUCAAUAAGUUUGAUUACUUGUUGAAAUAAUAUUUUGAGCAUAUCAGUAUUAAUAAAAAUAUUAUUAAAAUUA